AUGCUGACUUUAGUAGUUGGACUGUUAUACCUGGUCAGUGGACGCACAGUGCGAACCCAGGAUGCUACAGGUAGCCGCUUCGUGUGUAACGCCAUUCCCCCGGGCGCAGAGCCGGGCUGCGGGUAUGGUCCGUCUGGGAACCGUGUCCAGAGCAGCAGCUCUGUGGAGGACGAGCUGCGGAACACGAUCAUCCAGCUCCGGGAGACCAUCCUGCAGCAGAAGGAGACUAUAGUGAGCCAGCAGGGAACCAUUAAAGAGCUCAACUCCAAACUGGCGCGCUGCGAGGCGGCAGCCGACGAGUCCUCGCAGGGCAAGUCCCGGGGUCAGGGCUCCAGACGGAAGGAGUACGGCAAAAACACAAUGGGGGACCUGCCCCGGGACCCCGGGGAGACUAUAGACCAGCUGGGCAAAACGAUGCAAAGUCUCAAAGGUCGGCUGGAGAACUUGGAGCAGCAGAGUUUGCGUCUCCCUAGCACAAAUGUGUCAGCUGGAACUGUCUCGGCCCUGGCUCCCCUACCACCAGAGCUGCGGGAGCUGCUGCGGCAGCGUCUGGGGGCACUGGAGACCCAGCUCCUCCGGAAGGUGGCCGAGCUGGAGGAGGAAAAGAGCCAGCUCUACAAUGAAACAGCGGCCCACCGCCAACGCACAGAGAGUGCUCUCAAUUCCCUCCUGGAGAGGAUCACCGAGCUUGAGAAAAGUAACAAUGCCUUUAAGUCACCUGAGGAUUUCAAGGUGUCCCUCCCUCUGCGCACUAACUACCUGUAUGGACGCAUCAAGAAGAGCCUCCCAGAAAUGUACGCCUUCACCGUGUGUAUGUGGCUCAAGUCCAGCGCCAGCCCCGGCAUAGGAACCCCGUUCUCAUAUGGUGUGCCAGGACAAGCCAACGAGAUAGUCCUCAUUGAAUGGGGGAACAACCCCAUUGAGCUUCUGGUCAAUGAUAAGGUGGCCCAGCUUCCUCUGUCUGUGAGUGAUGGGCGCUGGCACCACAUCUGCAUCACCUGGACAACCAGAGACGGUUUCUGGGAGGCUUACCAGGAUGGCGAGCGCCUAGGCACUGGGGACAACCUGGCCCCCUGGCACCCAAUUAAACCUGGAGGGGUGAUCAUCCUGGGCCAGGAGCAGGACAUAGUCGGAGGCCGUUUUGAUGCCACCCAGGCCUUUGUGGGAGAGCUGAGCCAGUUCAACAUGUGGGACCGAGUGCUGCGACCAGUGGACAUCAUGGGCCUGGCCAACUGCUCAGCUUACAUGCCCGGCAAUGUGGUUCCAUGGAUUGAUGCAAACGUGGAAGUGUUUGGUGGUGCUAGUAAAGCUGCUCUGGAGAUCUGUGAAGAUCGCGCUUUUGAUUCCUAA